GAUCCUCACAACAUCCGGGCUCCGGCACUGCAGAGGGGCCGCGGCCGGUUACUGUGGAGACGGCCUGCUACAUCCCCUCCGAAGGAUUCCACCCUGGAGGACGGCUCCCGGGAUUAGGCCGAUUAGUUUACACGAAUCCAUCCAGCCGACGGUUCGCCUUCUCUUUGCUGUUUUAAUUGGUGUAGUAAAAGUCGCGCUCGCUGGCCUUGCCAUCCGCUGCAGGAAAAGACUGCGUUUGCCGAACAAAAUAAGAUAUCGAGAAUGACCGAGUGCGACUGGGAUAAGAAAAGUACUUCAGCUUCAAAUUCAGAAACAGAAAUGAAACCUGAACGACUGCCUCCUUGUGUGAACCCUGGCAAUCCUGUGUUUUCAUGUAUGUUGGACCCAAAGACACUCUAUACAGCUACCUCACUAUCAAAACCUAAGAUGAUUAUGUAUAAAACCAAUUCAAGUAAUUAUGGUGAAUUUUUACCUAUGCCACAGUUUUUCCCCUGCUAUUAUACUCCAAAGGACCAAGUAUUUUCAAGCAAUAUCAGAGCUACUGGAUUUUAUCAAAAUAACACUCUAAACACUGCACCUGACAGAACAAGAACCCUUGAUUUUCCUAAUUUUCAACACACUCUAUGAAAAUAUAUUACUCUUAAAUAAAGAGAAAAUAUACUCGGGAAAAAUGAGUUUUAAAUCUAAGGCUAGGAUAGCUAAUUUGAAAUAUAAAAAGAUUUGAAUUAAUUUUUUAAAAAUAACUUUAAGAAAUAAAGCAUUUCAACUGAUAACUGAAUGACAGUGACUUCUUAAAUAAAAAUGUGUUCAAAAUAGAA